UUCUAAAAGAACUGGAGUGACAAAGAAAAAUGGGAACAGAAUGAGGUGUAUAAGCUAAAAGAAAAAUGAAAAUCUGCAUGGCAACAACUGUGGGGUCGUCGCUACUUUGCUCGACCACACCCGCCCGCCCUUGUCUCGGUCGCCUGGGUAUGACAGGCGCGCAGAUCCUAGCUGCCAGACAUAUGACGUUUCGCAACUGCUCGAACUCGCCAACGCAUGCGCCGUCGUUGCGCGCCGUUGUUGUGGCGCCCUCGUGCGGCUCUGAAUGCAGUUGGUAUCGGUUUCACCUCAGCCCCUUGUGUGGUGUUGGCUGUGACUCCGCCUGCGGGGAAAAUCAACACUCGCUCCUCGCGGACCUCCGCCUCCCUCACACGCGCGCAUAACAUCCGCGGCUCGCGGACCCCGCACAUACGAGCGUGCGUGCAAAGGCUCGCACGAAAUCGACGGCAUGGGAGGCAGCCUGCUGCCGCAGCUGCUUGCCCAUGAUCUGCCCUGCGGGGGGGCUCGCGGCUGGCGCUGUCGCGUCCCCAUGUGCAUACUGCCUUGACGUGUCGCGGAUACCAAGCGCAAAUGCGGAUAAAGAGGGCGGAUAGCUGUAGCUAGCGCUUCGCCCAUAUCAGCCGCUUUAUCGAGUCUCGUCGAGGGUGGAAAUUAACUCGUAACCACCCACCCAAGCCGAUGGCUUAACUCGCAAGCAACCAGAUGGCGUUACGUUUCUGGGAGAUCCGGGAUCCGGGGACGAGCGGGGGGUGGGCGGGCGACGCGGACAGGCCAACCAGGCCAACUUCCCAUCCACCCGGCCGGGUGGAUGGGAAGUUGGCCUGCAACUUCUGGUGGGAGGUUUGUUACCCCACUCUAUAAGCUAAAAUAAGAAUGAAAAUCUGCAUGGCAACAACUGUGGGGUCGUCGUGGGGACGUUUUUACACAGGAUGCGUGGGAGUGGGCGGCGCUGCUGCAGUGAGUACUUCUAAGAAUGCCAAGAACGCUCCUAACCACGAGGGAGGUCCGCCGGCCGUUCGCGGGAGUAAGGAAGAUACUAGCAGUGCUGGCGCCUCUUCUUCUUCGGCUUUUCCAGGGUUGAGUUCAUACUCACAGCAGCAGAAAUUCGAUUCUGCCGAAGUAGAUCCUGUCGCGCCUGAAGUUGAUGUACUACACGGCAUGAAGAUCAUCAGGAGCCCUAGUGCACUUCCGGAAGGUAUGCAAGAAAAAAGUGUGUAAGUGUAAGUCUGUGAUGCAGAAAAUGCAAAACAGUUACACUUGUCAUGCUGGACAUGCAUCAGAAGCUCUUUUUGUACGUGUUUUUACGUACUAGCCGCGCAUAACAGGAGGCUCUCUCUGUCAUGCAGAGAAAACUGAUGCUAUUCCACCGAGAAAGUGACACUAACACAGUUUUUUUCUUGGAUAGAAGGGAGCAGAGGGAUAUUGACCCGCCCCCCACCAUAUCAUGUGCAAAAAUGUCGGGGUCUGGAAGGUUGCAGCUUGUGAUGCUGUCUUUGGAUUCCAAAAGAAUCUGUAUUGCAUGACUAGCAAAAGGCGUCCAGUUUAUUGUGCUACACGGGGAGAGCAUUUCUCAUGCGGAAUAAGCAUCAGAAAGCCUUCUAAAGAUCUGGGAUGCUAGGGCAUGCAUUACAGACAUCAUGGGUCAUGCAAAAUGAAAAUAUGCAAAAAUACGCCCCCUCCUCGGGGGGGGUAUAAAUUCGGGCGCAAUGACAAAAAGAGGCGGAACGCAGCGAGGAGAGUUGCCUCGCUGACGUUACCGACCCCAAAAAGAUCCGUAGCGUAGACGUGCGCACAUUGCGCGAGAGAUCCAGUAAGCGUAUUGGAUGUCCCCCCUCUAUUAGAUUGUCGUCAAGGAUAGUAGCCGAUAGCUUUACUGCAUUGCCGCCUUCGCGAUAUUUUUUAGCGGACCCCGCACAAGAUCCCUCAUGCGCUUCCCACUUAGUAAGAGUAACACUAUGACUAACAUUGCAAACACAUAGACUCCCCUCGCUUCGGCACACCUCAUCUGCCUAGUCGCCCCUAGGCAGGUGCAGGAAUUUUCUGUGUGGGCUUUUUCUGAUUAAUUAUUCCGACAGGGGCUGCGUCUUUUUUUUCUGCCUUGCCAGCAGAGUAUGUAUGAAAGGGGGGGGCUGACGGAAGUGGAGCGAGACCUUGGUGCUGGAGCAGGGGACAAGAGUGGAAAUGGUACAAACAAAACAAAAGCACCAAUAUACCCGCGCCAUCUGCUUAACUGUGUGAAUUAUUGUGUCGGCCCGGUCCUGUUUAGUCGCAGGUCGGUGUCCGUGAGAUCAGAAUUCACAUGUUAAGUAACGCACACCGGCUCCUAGAUAAAAAAAAAUGAUGAAUUUAUAUGCGAAUGGGGCCCAAUCAAAAAAAAAAAUAUGCAUGACAAACCUGGCGAUUUUCCAGACCCAGACAUUUUUGCAGUUGAUACGCCAUCGCACCGGCCGCCCGCCCUGGCAGCACAUGAUUACUCCACGUCCGCCUUUUCGCCGCCGGCGACUGCCGAGGAAUGGGAAAGGCUACAGAUGCUUCGCGGGUACCAAGAGUAUUGAACCGAUUCAGUUUGAAAUAGGCUCUUGCUUGUUGGUGCCGCUGGUACCGUGCCACUGCGCGCGGCACUAGCGACGCUCCUACAGGUUAUUUCAAGAAUAGUUCUACAUGAUCUUUUUGCUUGAUUGUAUAUUUUCUUACUACACGACCCGUUUACGGUUUUUUAUGUUGACGCGAAGAUAAGAAGCAAUUCACGAUUGUCACGUGACGAGUACUAGUUGUAAGGUUAUAAUUACUGAAAAAAAAAACAUUGUUCUUGUACUUCACUUCAAUUUUGUGAUGCGCAACAUCCAAAGUGAUUGCAGCUGUGAUGCUGGGCAUAAUGCAUUGACAUUGUGCUGCGUCAAGCCAUUGCACAUUUUUGUAGGCCGAUGUUGAAAAAUAAAGAAGAACAAGUUAUUUUAUUCCAGCAUUACAACGAUACUGGUCGCAAUUCCGAUUAUUUUUCCCCUCGGUCGUUCUCUGG